AUGGCUAUCAAAACUCUUGAAUCGUACCUUUUUGAGAAAGGAAUUGUCGGUGUCAAUCCGAUUGACACUAUCAAGAACGCUCGUCUCGGGAUAGACGUGGAACAUUACAUUUCCAGACUAAUCAACAAUAAAAGAGAAUUGUUUCUUGCAGCAAUUGGUGGGUUCCCAUUUACAUUCACCCAGUUCAUAGAGGCAGAUUUGAAAAUUUUUAAGGAAUUGAAUAUCACCCCAGUGUUUGUGUUCAAAGGCUCAAGAGUCAAUGCUCAAAAUGAAAUGUUGAAAAGCUUUGAACUCGAUGGAAAAAUAACCAAAGCAAGAGCGGAAGCAUGGGAACAGUACUAUUCUAAAUUCGAUAAGCCAAUCGGUAGUAAUGAAUCUUCCGUUAGCCCAUUGGGCAGCAUUGUGGGAAAUGCGUUAUCGUUUAAGACCCAACCAGUUACUCCUAGCAGCGCGACCCCAAGAGCUCAAAAUAGCGGUUUCAAGUCUUCUAAUUCAUCUCACAGCGUCUUUGAUUCAUCACCAUACAUUUCAGACUUCAUAAGUUUGUUUGAAAAGCACGGGGUUGAAUAUAUGGUGGCCCCAAUUUCUUCAUGGGCACAAUUGAAUUACUUUUAUGCCAAUGGCUAUGUUGAUGUGAUUUACGGACCAACUGAAUGUUUAUUGACCCCUGAUAUUGAUACUUUUAUCCAUGGUAUGGAGUUUCAAUCUAAGGAAUUCAGAUUUAUUGACAAAAAGCAUUUGUUGCAAGAAUUCAAGAUCUCUCAAAAACAAUUCAAAGAAAUCGCAGUUGUUUUAGGGUUUGACAUUCAACCAUAUUCAUUGGUCAACAAGAACUUUGGAUUUAAUGCAGCUAAAGCCAUUGAUUUUAAAUGGUUGCACGAGUAUACAUUGAACGGUAACAAUGUCUACGCCACUGUUUUAAAUAACGCGAAGAAAACCAAGAAUCAGAAAGAUUUGGACAGAUUUAAAAAUGGGAUGACAUCAAUUGACUUUAUGCCAAUUUUGAAAGCAUCAGGUAAAGUUGAAUUUUUAUUGGAGCCUGAUGGAGGUUUCCCACCUUUGGACGAGUUUGACUCAAAUGCUCAACCUGCCGAUCAACAACAGCCUAAGGUUCCAAAUGAUAUUCACGAUGUCAUUGGCCAGCGUUUGCCGCACGAAUAUUUCUUUUAUCAGUCUAUUGGUUUAAUAAGCUCAAAGUUAUUGGAUAGUCUUCUUUAUGGUAAUUACUUGGAGUUUGCGCCAUUGGACGGUGGAAAUUCAACCCAAUACAAAUCAUUGAUAAAUUCGAAAAUCAAUCUCACCACCAAAAACAAGAUGUUGAGUUUGUUGACCUCUUCGAUUAAUAGAUACUUUCAAGCAAAAAAGUACCACUAUAUCAAGUAUUUUGAUGCGUCUAAGAGUGUUGAUUCAGCUCACGAAUUUGAUUUCAGAGUUUCAAUGCCAGGACCAAUCUAUUUGAAGUUGGCUCAUUAUUUAGUUAGAUCAGGCAAAGAUUCAAAAACUUUUGAUAUUGUGAACUUUUUGAAACAAUUUUCUGAUGAAAACUUUUUAGCAAAGGUGGUGCAUUCUAAAGGAUUCAUUGAAAAGGAUGAGGACCGUUUGCAAACUAGUAACGAAUUAUUAUCAACCAGUCUUAUCAGAUCAUUGUACAUUUAUGAUUUCAUUUCGUUAUCUGAUAAUAAAUUGACCAAAUGGGGGAAGUUAUUGAAUAAAUUGGCGGAAACUCUGGAAGACCGUGACGAUGUCGAAAGAUUGUUGUUAUUAUUGGUAUUUUUCAAAAACCAUUCGAACGAAGUGAAAUUGCACCAAUCGUUAACCCCUGAGGUUUUAGGCGAACCAAAGUUGGCGUCUCAAGAAAAAUCUUCCCUUAUAAAGCAAUAUAUCUUGAUCAUCACUAGACUUUCAUUGUUGUUUGAUCCUUACAAUACCGAGAGCGUAUCGAACCUCAAUUCAAACAACAUCAAUAAAUUGAACUUGAACUUGUUGGCGUACCGAUCGAUUUUCGAGUUUGUCAAAACUAACAUCAACGAAUUAAACCAAACCUUGGCAGUAUCAUUACUCACCAACAACCAAUUCAAUAGAAAGAACUUUUCGACGAAUGUCAAAUGGAGAAAAUUGGUCGAUCAAAUGAUUUUGAAGCAAACUUUGCCAAGCACUUUGCAUUCUAUCAUUGCUGAUGUGUAUUUCGAUUACAUGUUUAAUGGUGCAGGAGAUGGUGAUGCUUCUGACAAGGUUGAGAAGACUCGUGAAUUUGUUAAUAAUUCUUAUGAACAGAAUUUCAAAGGGGUGCUAGAGACCUUAGACGGUAGCUUCAAGUUUGUCUUGAAGGCUUUAGAUUUGAUUGAAGAGAUUGGUAAGGCAGAGUUAAUCGAUAAAGAAUACUUUAAUGCCAUCAAGGGUGCCAAGGUGUUUUUGAUGAAGCAUACCAAACUUUGA